CCAGACAAAAUACACUUUUAUUCCAGUUAUUUUCUUUUGAAGAAGGCAAUAAGGAAAUAACAAAGGUUGAGGAACAAAAUGGAAAAAAAUAGCAAUAAAGCUUGAAGUAUUUGAAAUCAAUUUUUUCAUUUUUGUUUUAAUAUAUAAACAGCAAUGCCCAUUGAAAAUUUCUAAUUAGAAGAAUUCCCAGAACACACACAGUUUCAAUUUACAUCAUUCGCUCUGGUUUUUCAUUUACUCUUAUAGUGCCAACUAAUAAUUAAUUCAAAAUGUUCUUCUCAAACGUUGUCCUCGUCGCUAGUGCUGCCACAGGUGUUUUUUCCUAUACUUCUAAUGAAACAGGCCCACAUACUGAUGGUAGUGGAAUUGGCGGUUUUGAUUCUCAAAAUGAUAGUGUUUCGGUUGUUCCACCUAUUUAUGAAAACAAUGUUGCAAAAGGCAGCUUUCCACUCGCUGCUGGUGUUGUUGGUGUUGGUAUUGCUCUUUUAUUGUAAGCAACUAUUGGCCACCAAUAACUUUUUAACUUUUUAACUUUUUUAACUCAUUUAACUCUUAACUCUUAACUUUUUUAUCUUUCUUAUUUUAUAGUUUUAUUUUUGUUUGCGUUAGUUUUGUUUAGUUUAGUGUUAAUCAAAAGGAUUGGGUAGCUUCUCU